ACAGAAGGAGAGCGCAUGCAAGAAUCUGGCAGAUGGGAGUUUCUUCUCUGCUGACUGUUCAAACUUGAGGGGGAAUGUUGCUAUUGUAAAACAACCCGGCGGAUCCUGCGGCUUUUGCUCACAACUUUUAAAACAACAGGUUCUUCUUCUCCUAAUUUUUUUCUUUACCUCACAGAGGACUCCUGGCUGAUUCUGGAAAGAUGUGACAUGUGGCUUUUACAGUAUCCCAGUCUAGUUAUUAUUAUUAUUUUUACUUCACAUUAUUUAUUUUAGUUUAUUCUAUUUAUUUUCUGCAACAUCCUGCAUCUGCCGUCGCCCUGGUAACCAGCUCUUCUCCAUCUUCUCCAGCGCUUCAUCCCUCACCGUCAGUUCAGCGGGGGGAGAUUAUCUCCCCUCACUGGUAACAUUUGCGGUUUCUAUGCGCUUUUGUUUGUUUUAAGUAUUUCUUUGAAACCAGAGAGGUCCAUGUGUCUCUCAGCGCCAAAAUGCCUGUGAGACGCGGUCAUGUUGCGCUCCAGAACACGUACUUGGACACCAUCAUCAGGAAAUUUGACGAGCAAAAUCGCAAGUUUUUGAUCGCCAAUGCCCAGAUGAAGAACUGUGGCAUCAUCUACUGCAAUGAGGGCUUCUGCCAGAUGUUCGGUUUCACCAGGGCCGAGAUCAUGCAGCAGCCGUGUACCUGCCAGUUCUUGGUGGGUCCUGGCACCAUGAAGAGCGCCCUGGCCCAGCUGGCGCAGGCCCUGCUCGGAUGUGAGGAGCGCAAGGUGGAGAUCCUCUACUACUCCAAAGAAGGGACCUGCCUUCCCUGCCGGGUGGAUAUUGUACCUGUGAAAAACGAGGAAGGCCUUGUCGUGAUGUACAUCCUCGACUACCAGGAGCUCAUUGAUCCGUCCCUGAAGAAGUCCGGCCUCAGGCAGCGGGUCACCCAAGGAUGGCUUUACUGUCAGAAUCGCAGGCUGAAGAUGAGGAUGCCGGCGCUGCGCUCCAUGCGACGACCUUCCCUCUCCAAAGAUCAGUUUGAAGGGGUGGUUGUGGAUUACCUGCAGCCAAACAGCGAGGAAGUCCCUCUGAAAGAGUUCCGGAUCCCUUCCAAGGAGAGCUGCAUGCAGUCGGAGACGGAGGCUCUGAUUGAGCAGGACCUGGACCUGGACCCCCCCUCUCCGGCAGCCCAGUCCUCAACCCAACGGCGCUCCGUGCUGACGGACCUGCUCGACCCCGGCAUCGCUUUCACCAGGGGUUCCUUAUCCAGAAGCUGCUCCAGGGACAGUGUCCGCAGCCUCCGGCGCGCCUCAUCGUUGGACGACAUCGAGGGCAUGAGGGCGGAGGGGAACAGCCGACCCGGAGACCCCCGGAGUAACACCAAUCUAAAGUCCGGUGUCCUCAACUCCACCUCAGACUCAGAUCUGAUGAGACAUAGAGCCAUCAGCCGCAUCCCUCAGGUCACCCUCACGUUUGGCUCAGACAGGAUGAGACCGCCGUCGCCCACGGAGAUUGAAAUCAUCGCACCCAGCAAGGUUAAAGAUCGAACCCAAAACGUCACAGAGAAAGUUACUCACGUCACGCAGGUGUUGUCUCUUGGUGCUGAUGUGCUGCCAGAAUACAAACUCCAGGCCCCGCGUAUUCACCGGUGCACCAUCCUCCACUACAGCCCCUUCAAGGCGGUUUGGGACUGGAUCAUCCUGCUGCUGGUCAUCUACACGGCCAUCUUCACACCUUACUCCGCCGCGUUCCUUCUCAACGAGGCGGAGGAAGAGCAGAGGAGGUCUUGCGGCUACACCUGCAACCCGCUCAACGUGGUGGAACUCGUGGUGGACGUCAUGUUCAUCGUGGACAUCCUCAUCAACUUCAGGACCACCUACGUCAAUCACAACGACGAGGUGGUCAGCCACCCCGGACGCAUCGCACAGCACUACUUCAAGGGCUGGUUCCUCAUCGACAUAGUCGCCGCCAUCCCGUUGGAUUUCAUAUUUCGUUCUGGGUCACACGAGCAGGCCGAGCCUCAGACCCAAACGACCCUGAUCGGACUACUGAAGACGGCCCGGCUGCUGAGGCUGGUGCGCGUGGCCAGGAAGUUGGACCGUUACUCCGAGUAUGGAGCUGCCGUCCUCUUCCUCCUCAUGUGCACGUUUGCCCUCAUCGCCCACUGGCUGGCCUGCAUCUGGUACGCCAUCGGCAACAUGGAGCGCACCAGCACCGCCCGGGUCGGCGUGCUGAAGAUCGGCUGGCUGGACAACCUGGCCGAGCAGAUUGGUAAAAAAUACCAUGACAACGACACGGCCUCGGGGCCCACCAUCAACGACAAGUACGUCACAGCCUUGUACUUCACCUUCAGCAGCCUGACCAGUGUGGGCUUUGGCAACGUCUCGCCCAACACCAACCCAGAGAAGAUCUUCUCCAUCUGUGUCAUGCUCAUUGGAUCUCUGAUGUACGCCAGCAUCUUUGGGAACGUGUCAGCCAUCAUUCAGCGUCUGUAUUCGGGCACGGCCCGUUACCACACGCAGAUGCUGCGCAUCAAAGAGUUCAUCCGCUUCCACCAGAUCCCUGGAGGUCUGAGACAGAGACUGGAGGAAUACUUCCAGCACGCCUGGUCGUACACCAACGGCAUCGACAUGAACGCUGUUUUAAAGGGUUUCCCCGAGUGUCUGCAAGCGGACAUCUGCCUCCACUUGAACCGCACCUUGCUGGACAACUGCAACGCUUUUCAGGGCGCCAACAAAGGCUGCCUGCGGGCUCUGGCCAUGCGCUUCAGAACAACCCACGCCCCGCCGGGGGACACUCUCGUCCACAGCGGGGACAUCCUCACCGCCCUCUACUUCAUUUCCAGAGGCUCUAUAGAGAUCCUCAGGGACGACGUGGUGGUGGCCAUACUGGGAAAGAAUGACAUCUUUGGUGAGGCCAUAAGUCUGUACGGGAGGCCGGGGAAAUCCAGUGCUGACGUCAGAGCUCUGACCUACUGCGAUCUGCACAAGAUUCAGAGGGACGACCUGCUGGAAGUGCUGGACAUGUAUCCGGACUUUGCCGACAGGUUCUGGAACAGUUUGGAGAUCACGUUCAACCUCAGAGAUGCAGAUAGAAUAAACCGGAGAAAGCUGAGCAGAGACUCUGAAUAUGGCUGCCGUUUGACGAGGCAUCGGAGGAGCUCGCUGCGCCGUCGCAACAGGCCAGAUGGGACGGAUCAUGAAGAUCAUGAAGAGGACUCUUUUCCCGAUCAGUCCUGUCCGAUGGCGAACCACCACCAGAGCACAGCGGAGAGAUCUCACUGGGAAGACCUCUGCACCAGCGCGAGUAUCUGCUCACAGUCGAGUGAGGAGGAGAUGAAGCCCGUGCAGCGUAGCAAGGGGGAGCCGUACCCACCCGGGCCUGAUGCUAGAGACUACCCGUCUGCAGUGGUCAGCCUCCUUCCUCACAGCGGACCCUCGGCUGAACUCGCACCAUCCGUAGACCUGGGAAGUGCUCCGUACCCAGCGGCCCCCAUCACCGUGCCGAGCCUGUACGGCUACUGGCCGGACCGCAGGGCCAGCCAGAUGUCGGAGAACCAGAGACCGUCCACGGUCAGGGCCGGCUUCCACCCGGCCGUCUGCGCCGAGGGCCGGCCCAGAGAGCUGGAGUCCAGGCUGGAGCUGCUGCAGUCCCAGUUAAACCGGUUGGAGGCUCGUAUGACUGCAGAUAUCAGCGUGAUCCUGCAGCUCCUCCAGAGGCAGAUGGCCCCGGUUCCUCCGGCUUACAGCGCCGUGUCCCCCGGCCCUCACCCGCCUCACCCGCCUCACCCCACCACCCUGUACAGUCCAGGAGCACCCACCAUCCUCCCAAUACACAUCGACAGCCCUGCCUCACUGCUACAGAGUCCAGAUUCUGACUUCAAGGACAAAUCCAAAGAGUCUCUGUCCAGCGGUGUUCAUCUCACCGUGGCAUCAGAUGACACCAUGUCCCUGUCCCCGGAGGCCGAGCCCCCCCACCAGACCUCCGUGGGCCUCGCCCCCCCUCAGCCGUCCUGCUUUAACCCCCAACAACUCCCGGGACUGCUGAGCGGGAGCCAGCGCUGCCCCUCCCUGCCCGAGAACCUGCAGACCCCCACAGAAAUGCAGCAGAUUCAAAGGCACGUCUCCGACCCCAUCCUGCCGGGCAGCUAGAGCAGCCCGCACUUUUGCACACACAACCCCGGUCCCAACUGAUCGUCAUCAAAGGUCGACACAAAGUCUGCAAACGUGGUGCGAGGCCUGGGAAACACUGCCCUAGAGUGAUUUUUCUUCUUUUUCUUUCCCUCCCCCUGAAACCUCAUGUCCUGCUGCGGAGCAGGGGGGGGACACCUGAGUCCAGAGUCCAGAGUGCCUCUUGUUUCCCACAUAAAGGCUCAGCAGAACCUCCACAGAACUGCAGAAGCUCCACGUCCCUCCAGGUCCUCCACAAAGACAGUAAACAAACUGACAAAUAAGCAAUCAAUGGACCUCAAAGCAACACAAACUUCAUACAAGGCUCAGGUUUCCAUGUACGGUGGACAAAAAAAAAACGACAACGAAAACAGAUACGUCUCAUGUUUGAAAAGUUACCUGCUUUCACUUUGUAUAAGAAUUACACACUUUAGGCUUGAAUGUUAAAACUGUAAUCAUUUGGAAUUAAAUAUUAGUUUCACAAGUUUAGAGUUGUGUUUCCUACAUGACGUCUAGUAAAUGUAACAACUGUGUUGCAUUCGUGCUUUAGGUUAAGUGUUGCUGUGGUGUAACCGAUGUGUUAUUAACUAUCUGACAAACUGUGAAGGAUGAACAUUCAAGGCGUGGCUGGGAAAAUAAAGUUUUUAUCUCAUGUC